GAAGACAAGUAAUUAGGCGGUCUAGCCAAUACAUGGAAUUACAAUCGAAGUAGCAUUAGCUAACUUUCGAUCUAACAAAACCCCCAAAUCUCUGAAAGAAUAUAUACCUAGCUAUUUACGGAGGUGGGAGGACAGCCUAAGGAUGUCUAGGGUUGUGCUCCACCUAGUUACAAGCCUGAAAAACCAUUCUAGACGAUGUGGCACCUUAUUUGUACGAUUUCCGUUGACUCGGAUGAAAUAUGGAUAUGAGGUCAGAAAAUUUGGAAAGAUAACUAUAAGAGCUUUUCAUCGAAUACUCAUAGACCUAAAAUGACCUCAUUUGCAUAUUUAACGGCUGUUGGUUUAGUGUUGUUGUAGGUGACUGAAGUGAAUUUCAGAACUUGUUGGCAUAAUCUCGAUGUCUUUCUAUUGAUAUAUGAUAUCAUCUAUGAAAGAAAAAGCCAAAAAAAUAGAAGUAAUUAGUACUAGCAAAGAAGAGAUGGGUACAAAACCCGGCACGUCCAUACGCACAACGGCACAGAGGUCCCUUAGAUCACUGAAACGUCCUUGCAUUUGCUUGCAAGUUGCACCCAGCCAAACCAUGACGCCACCACCUUCGCCAGCAGUGGAGGGCGGCGCGGCCGCGGCCGGCCAUGGCGGACGCCGGCGCCACGUCCUCCUGUUCCCGCUCCCGUACCAGGGCCACAUCAACCCCAUGCUCCGGCUCGCCGGCGUCCUCCGCGCCCGCGGCUUCGCCGUCACCGUCUUCCACACCCACUUCAACGCCCCGGACGCCGCGCGCCACCCGGAGCACCGCUUCGUCGCCGUCCCCGACGGCAUGUCCGGCCGCCCGCCGCCCGUCUCCGUCGGCGACGUCGUCAAGCACAUCCGCGCGCUCAACGCCGCGUGCGAGGCCGCGUUCCGGGACCGCCUCGCCGCCGUCCUGGCCGAGUAUUCCAGGGACGCUGUCGCGUGCCUCGUCGCCGACGCGCACCUCCUGCGCAUGGUCGAGGUGGCCAGGCGGCUCGCCGUGCCCACCCUCGUGCUCCGCACCGGCAGCGCCGCCUGCUUUGCCAGCUUCCUCGCCUACCCACUCCUCUGCGACAGAGGCUACCUCCCGGUGCAAGAGUCGCAGCUCGACAUGCCGGUGAGCGAGCUGCCGCCGUACCGCGUGCGCGACCUGAUGCACAUCGGAAGGGACGGCCACGAGCUGAUGUGCGAGCUGCUGGCCCGCGCCGUGGCGGCGGUGAAGCUCUCGUCGGGGCUCAUACUCAACACGUUCGACGCGCUCGAGGCGCACGAGCUGGCCAAGCUCCGGCGAGACCUCGCCGUGCCGGUGUUCGACAUCGGGCCGCUCCACAGGUUCUCCCCCGCCGCCGAUGGCAGCUUGCUGCAUCAGGACCGGAGCUGCCUCGCGUGGCUGGACGCGCAGACGGCGGAGUCGGUGCUGUACGUGAGCUUCGGUAGCCUGGCGAGCAUGGGCGCGCGGGAGCUCGUCGAGACGGCGUGGGGGAUCGCCGGCAGCGGCGUGCCAUUCCUCUGGGUGGUCCGGCCAGGCCUCGUCCGCGGCCGGCGCGCGGCGCCGGGCGAGCCAACGCGGCUGCUGCCGGAGGGGUUCGAGGCGGCGACGCGGCGGCGCGGGGUGGUGGUGGCGUGGGCGCCGCAGGAGGAGGUGCUGCGCCACCGCGCCGUGGGCGGGUUCUGGACUCACAACGGGUGGAACUCGACGACGGAGAGCCUCGCCGAGGGGGUGCCGAUGCUGUGCCGGCCAAGCUUCGGCGACCAGAUGGGGAACGCGAGGUACGUGGAGCACGUGUGGAAGGCCGGGUUCGAGGUGGUCGGCGGCGAGCUCGAGAGGGGGGCGGUGGAGGAGGCCAUCCGGCGGCUCAUGGCGGAGAGCGACGGCGGCGAGAUGAGGGCGCGGGCGCGCGAGCUGAAGAAGGCGGCGGCGGAGUGCACCGGCAAGGCCGGCUCGUCGGAGACGGCCAUCGUCAAAAUGGUCACUCACAUGCUGUCCCUGUAAUUUAGAGUAGUACUCCCUCAAUUUCACAAUGCAAAACUUUCUAGCAUUGUCCACAUACAUUUCACAAUGCAAGACUUUCUAGCAUCGUCCACAUACAUAUAGUUGUUAAUGAAUCUAAACACAUACAUAUAUCUAGAUUUAUUAACAUCUAAAUAAAUAUGGACAAUGCUAGAAAGUCUUACAUUGUGAAACAGAGGAAAUUAAGCUACAAGUUGCUUUCAUUUGCUUAAUUAUUGCUGCAGCAGACGAUAACUUACGAAGGGAUCAAAGGUUAUCAUGUGCUUGGAUGCUUGACAUACUGUGGGCUGCUUGAUCGCCAGAACAAACCGUACAACUAGAAAUUAAGUUCAAGGCUAUCAUGUGACUGGCAAAUUGCAUGUUACAGAAUCUAACGCCAUAACAAAGAA